AUGGCUAGACAAUUCAAGAUUUCUCCCCAGGAUCGUUUCCCAAGCCAAACGAUCAGUCUACCCUCUCACAUUGGAACGACUAACAAGAUUGUGAAAAAGAAGACGAUUAACAAGAUUGUGAAAGAGAAGCUUACUCUCACUCAACUUGCCCUCUUUGAGAAGAUGGUAUUUGGGCGAUUCGUGAACAUGGACAUAAUCUUCAACAGUCCAUUGGUCCACUACAUUCUAUUAACCGAGGUUGUAGAUGAUAGAAAAAAUAUAAUGACCUUCGAUUUAAAUGGCACAGUUGUAACAUUCUUCAAAGAAGACUUCCCGUUGGUGACGGGAUUGUGGCGGUCAUCUGAUCCAAUAUUUGUAAGGAGAGGGGACAUUAUCAUUGGUGCCUUAGAGACAAUGUACAAGGAGAUGGAGUUUGAGAAAGACAUGGAUGUUGUGAAGAUGACAUUGAUCUGUUGCACUGAAUUGGGUAUGAUAGGGAGGGAGAAGAUGAGGGCCAAUGUCGACAAGAUCUUAUUAAUUGAUGUGGAGGAUUUAGAUUACUUUAAUUCCUGGGAAAACGUGCUAUGGGAGAGGACGUUACUUGGACUACAAUGA